ACUGUUCUAAAAGUUUUGCCUCGAAACCCAAAUCUAUUAUGUAACGUAUUGGAGUGUCUCUCUCCUCCCACCCUCUUCUCCUCUCUCACCCUCGCCUCUCGAGGAGAAGAAAACCUCUGCAGAAACUUCACUCUCGAAGAGACGACUACAGACUCUCAUAGGAUUUUGCAUUUACGAAUCGCAUUGGAAUCAUGGAGUGAUCGUGUUUUUGCUGUACAUAAUCGGGUCAGAUCUCCUCAAUACCCCUCAAUAUCAGGUGGUGAGGAGAGAGAGCUGAAGGAGAGAGCGAUGGAGCCACAUUCAUUAAAACUUACAAUCAAAUUAAAAAGUGAAAAAUCUGUCAACAACUCUUUGACUACUGCUGAUCACCUGAGUAAUGUGGGUGAGAAGUCCGGUGCCAUAAAUAGUUAUCGUCCAGGCAGUCUGGCUGCCAAUUCUCAAGAUCCAGUUGACUUUAGUUCUGCAGGAGGGUUAGAAAAUCAUAGCAGGAAAAAUGAAGAAAACCCAUCUGAAAUUUCUCAAUACCAAUUGGUGCUUUAUAAUCCUACUGCUAAUGGGUCUGGUGAAGCUGAGAUCCCAGAUCCCAUUAGUGAUCGACCAUCUUCUCAAAGGCAAAAUCAGAAAGCUCUAUCUGUAGGGGCUUUCACUGUUCAGUGCGCAAACUGUUUCAAAUGGAGGCUCAUUCCAACACAGGAGAAGUAUGAAGAUAUACGGGAGCAUAUUAUGGAACAACCUUUCGUCUGUGAAGCAGGUAGGGAAUGGCGGCCUGACAUAUCAUGUGAUGAUCCACCUGAUCUAGUGCAGGAUGGCAGUAGGCUUUGGGCAAUUGAUAAACCUAGUAUCGCUCGACCUCCUCCUGGUUGGCAGCGACUUCUAAAAUUCAGAGGUGAAGGGAGCAGCAAGUUUGCAGAUGUUUAUUAUGUUGCACCGUCAGGCAAGAGACUUCGUUCAAUGGUGGAAGUUCAGAGGUACCUUGAGGAGCACCCAGAGUACAAAGAGCAAGGUGUUAGAUUGUCACAAUUUUCCUUUCAAAUCCCUAGACCUUUGCAAGAAAACUAUGUGCGGAAGCGUCCUAAUCCUGCUCGUGCUGCACCUACAAGUGAUGCUGAUGAUCUUGGGAUGUUAAGAUUUCCUCAUCCUUCAGAAGUUCAGCCCAUAUCAUGGGUAAGACCUGAUGUGGACACAGAAUUGCAGCUCAGCAGGCCGGGCCCUUCGACUGACUUUUCAGAGUCACCUGAUCUGAAGCCCGAAACUCAAUCAGCAAAGAAGAAGAAAACAAAAUCCAGAAAGUGGGUGGAUGGUGAGUUAGUUCAUAGCCCGAUAACUUUCAAAAUGAGGGAGCCCGAUCAGCUCUGAUCGGACUCGUGAUGACAUCAUGUUCAACACCUUCUCACCUUAAACGCUUUCUAAGGUAUGCAAGUGCUACUGAUGUUCGGGAAGAGGCGUACUUUGCAAUUUUGUACUGGCUAGUCGGAUGUAGAUUGUAUAAACAAAUAAGUCAAUAUUUCUAUAAAAAUGUAACCUGUAUUAUUGUAAGGUAGAUUGUAGAAUGUUAGCCCACCCUAGCGCGGAUGUGACAUGGGGGCUGCUUUAUUGAACUUUCGCUAAAUAUGUGCAAGUUCGGAUUUCAUAAAACAAUUUUAUUGAUUUGUUUGUUAGGAAAGAAAAUAGUGUUGAGCUAAAUACAUAGCUCGCAAUUCUUGUAUACAUAUUUGGAGAAGUGUUUUCAGCAGAUUAUAUAUGUACUUGAUUCAUCUUCUGUUUU